AUGUUGCUUCUACGACGGUGGGCGCAGCAGCGGCUGCUGCAACCUGCUGUUGAGCCCUUAUAUACGACUUGCUGCAGCAGCAAAACGCGGCUCAGAAAGACGAUGGGGUCUCCUGAGAAGCACCUGCAGGAGCAACGGGAGCCACGCGAGCCGCCGCCACCACAGCCGCAGCAACAACAGCAGCAGCUGCAGCACUUUGCCACACCUACAGCGCAGCAUGCUGCGUCUACGACGGUGGGUCCGCAGCACCUACAGCAGCAGCAGCAGGAGCAGGUGCAGCAUGAGCAGCAGGAGGAGGUGACCCUGCGCUGCAGUGUAAUCCUGGGGGAAGGGCUGACGGGCUACAGCAGCAACAACAGCAGCAGCACCACCAACAGCAGGAGCAAUCUCGCCAUACGGAGCAGCAAAAGCAGCAACAUGAAGGAAGACUGCAGCAGCAGCAUGCUGAUGAUGUUGUACAGCAGCAGCAAGCUGCAGCAACUGCAACAGGGAAGGGCUGACGGGCUACAGCAGCAACAACAGCAGCAGCACCACCAACAGCAGGAGCAAUCUCGCCUUACGGAGCAGCAAAAGCAACAGCAUGAAGGAAGGCUGCAGCAGCAGCAUGCUGAUGAUGUUGUACAGCAGCAGCAAGCUGCAGCAACUGCAACGGCUUCAGAAACCAUGCCUGUAGCAGCUCCACCGCUUGCAGCAGCAAAAGACGAUACAGCAGCAGCAACAGCAGCGGGGGCAGCAGAUGCAGCAACAGCAGGUGCAGCAACAGCAGGCGCGUCCCGCUUACCAGAAGCAACUGGGAUCCCAGCGAACUCCUACUCACCAUCCUCACCAGCAGCAGCAGCAUCAGAAGUAGCAGCAGCAGCAGCAGCAGCAGGCCCAGAUGGCUCUGGCAUAUGCGCAGCAGGGGGCCGGCUACCAGAAGCAGCAGAGGCAGCAGCACGAACAGUACGUGCUGACUCUGCUGCUGCAGCGCCAAAGAGCUUCUCGCCUCCACAAAAAUCGUUGAAUUCUGCCUUCGUCCGCACCCCAACUGAAAGGCGUCGCCAGCAGCAGCAGCAGCAGCAGCGGCAUGCAGGGCCGCAGCGGGCAAACCUCUCCCUCGUUGCCCCUGUACCCAGCAGCAGCAAAGCAGCAGCAGCAAACUCGCUGCUGCUACAGGGCUGGCUGCAGAAGUGGACGAAUCUCUUGUCUUCAUGGAGGCCGAGGUACUUUUUCGUGUACGCGGGUUUCUUCAAAUACAGCACCACGAAGACCUCCCCACCCAAAGAGAUGUUUCUCUUAAACCAGUGUCGCGUUCGCCUGUGCCCCCACGACCCCGUGCGCUUUGAGGUGGACGUGAUAGAUCAGCAGACGCUUUACCUGCGGGCGGAGAGUCAAGAGGAGAAGCAAAUGUGGUACGCUGCCUUCAAGCAGGGCCAACGAGCAGCACUGAGCGGCGCCCACAGGGCAGGCCGUCCGGCAGCAGCAGCGGGAGGACCUCAAAGAGACAGACACCAGCAGCAGCAGCCGCAGCAGCAGCAGCAGCGGAGGAAACCGGCCGGAGAAGCUCCAGCUACGUCGGGACCAUCCGCAGCCCCAAGUGGCGGCAGCAGCAGCAGCAGCAGCAGCAAGAGGCCGGAGGGGCAACAGCAGCGUCCACGGCAUGAGCAGUCCAGCAGCAGCAGACCGGCGGGCAGCAGCAGCAGCAGCAACAGCAGCGGCGGCGGCUGGCGGACCAGGGGGUUCACACCCAGCAUCUGGCAGCAGCAGCAGCAGCAGCGCCUUGAGCGGGUUGGCAGGGGUCGUUGCUUCAAGCGCUGCUGCUGCUGCAGCAAGAGGCCGGAGGGGCAACAGCAGCGUCCACGGCAUGAGCAGUCCAGUGCAGCAGCAGACCGGCGGGCAGCAGCAGCAGCAGCAACAGCAGCGGCGGCGGCUGGCGGACCAGGGGGUCCACACCCAGCAUCUGGCAGCAGCAGCAGCAGCAGCAGCGCCUUGAGCGGGUUGGCAGGGGUCGUUGCUUCAAGCGCUGCUGCUGCUGCUGCUUACGCCACCAGCCGCCUUCGCUCCCUCUCUGCUGCUGCAGUGCAGCCGCCGCCACCGCCACCACCUGCACUACCACCACCUCCACCGCCUCCACCCCAGCAGCAGCAGCAGCAACCGCAGCAACAACAGCAGAAGCAACGGCAGCAGCUGCAGCAGCAACCGCAGCAACAGCCGCAGCAGGAGUCGGGAGGCAUCCGCAGCAGGAGCGAUGGAGGUUCUGCAGCAGAAGCUGACGUGGCUGCUGCUGCUGCAUUUCCCGGGGCUCCGCCGGACGCAGCAGCUCUGAGCAGCAGCAGCAGCAGCAACAGUAACAGCAGUCCCCUCCUGGGCGCGCAGCUGCUGCAGACGGAUGGCAGCAGCGAGACGCUGCUCGAUAACACAGCAGCUCUGAGCAGCAGCAGCAGCAGCAACAGCAACAGCAGUCCCCUCCUGGGCGCGCAGCUGCUGCAGACGGAUGGCAGCAGCGAGACGCUGCUCGAUAACACCGGAGCUGAGGGGCCGUUAGACGCGUGCUCGAAGAUGCUGACCCUGCAAGCCGAUGUUUUGAAAUCUGUCGCUCAACUCGCCCAGACAAGCCCCGGAGAGGGAGGCAACUUGCGGUCGCAGGUGGUGCUGCUGCUGCAGCGAGUAGAUGAGCUGCAGCAGUUGCUGCAGCAGCUGCUGCAGCAGUGGGAGCGGCUCCUGAGCGAAGAGUAUACGCAGCGUCGGCAGCUGGAGAAGUCCGUGCGCUCCUUGGCAAAGCGAAAUUACAAACUCGAUAAGCUCCCCGAAGAUGACACAGGAGAGUCCGCAGGGUUUGCUGCUCCACAGCAGCAGCAGCAACAGCAAGACCAGCAGCAGGCGGAGUCGCGUGAGAGCUCUUCGGGGGCAUCACAAGCAACGACAAGCAGCAGCAGCAGCAGCAGCGACAUUAAUAACUUCGUUGGGCCCCCAUUCUCUCCUGCAGCAAACGCAGCAGCAACUCUCGCUGCUGCUGCGCCUCAUAUUGGCGGAGCGACCCCAGACCAGCGACUGGCGCUGCCGAAGCCACGAACGGAGUUUAAAGUGAACCUGUGGUCUGUGCUGAAAGACUGCAUCGGCCGCGAUUUGAGCCGCAUUGCGAUGCCCGUAUAUUUCAACGAGCCGACGAGUUUCCUACAGAGACAAUGCGAGGACCUGCAGUACUGCGAGCUCCUUAACCUGGUAGAACUAGGGGUUUGUGCGUGGCAGUCCUCCCGGUUCCCGCGGAGUGUCGACCGGCUUCUGGGUUUGACCGUCUACGCGCUGUCUCCCUACGCAUCUGCUGUUGGCAGGACUUACAAACCCUUCAACCCGCUCUUGGGGGAGACCUUCGAGCUCAUACACAAGGGUUUUCGCUUUCUGUCCGAGCAGGUAAACCUUGACCUCCACGCAUUCGCUGUUGCUGUUGCUGAUCGUGCUAGUGGUGCUGUUGCUCUUGCUGCUGCAGCAGUUGCAGUCUUUGCAGCAGUAGCCGUAGCCUACGCAGCAUUAGGAGUAGCAGUAGCGGCAGCAGUAUCUCCAGCAGGAGGAGCAGCAGCACAAUCAGCAGCAGUGGCGCCAGCAGCAGCGGCAGCAGCUGCUCCACCACGAGCAGCAACAGCAUUAGCAGCAGUAGCAGCAGCAGCAGCAGCAGCUGUGUUUGUUCAGGUUGGUCACCACCCCCCCAUCACUGCGACUUACAAACCCUUCAACCCGCUCUUGGGGGAGACCUUCGAGCUCAUACACAAGGGUUUUCGCUUUCUGUCGGAGCAGGUAAACCUUGACCUCCACGCAUUCGCUGCUGCUGCUGCUGACCGUGCUACUGGUGCUGCUGCUCUUGUUGCUGCAGCAGUUGCAGUCUCUGCAGCAGUAGCCGUCGCCUACGCAGCAUUAGGAGUAGCAGUAGCGGCAGCAGUAUCUCCAGCACGAGGAGAAACAGCAGAGUCAGCAGCAGUGGCGCCAGCAGCUUCUGCUGACCGUGCUACUGUAGCAGUAGCGGCAGCAGUAUCUCCAGCACGAGGAGAAACAGCAGAGUCAGCAGCAGUGGCGCCAGCAGCAGCGGCAGCAGUUGCUCCACCACGAGCAGCAACAGCAUUAGCAGCAGUAGCAGCAGCAGCAGCAGCAGCAGCUGUGUUUGUUCAGGUUGGCCACCACCCCCCCAUCACUGCGUACGUGGCGACUGCCUCGGAGUUCUCCUGCGAGGGUUGGGUGACAGUGCGGAAUCGGUUCUCGGGGAAGUCUCUUGAGGUGACGAUGCCGGGCAUAGCGCGAGUGACCCUCAAUCGGACCGGGGAGCGGUUUUCUUACAAGCGGACGAAAAUGCUAAUUCACAACGUCAUUUGGGGCAAGCUGUGGAUUGAAGUGCUAGACAAGACCUGCCACCAUCUUCGGGCGAUUGUUUUUGAAGCCUCUGGGCGGCCCGUGUACCGCCUCUCCGGGCAGUGGUCCAGCGCUCUGUACGUCGAGGAGGCGCCCCCAUUCCCCCCCCACAAAAAGUGGAAAGUUCCGCGUCAGGUAGAGGAGUACCGACGAAGCGAAACUGGUCCCCCAGCGGACAGCCCUGACAAUCAGCUCGACGCUGUGAUUGGCCAGUACUGGGAGUCAAUCGCCUGGGUCGAGUCGUCGAGGCGCCUCAUUUGGCGGCCUACAGCGCGGCCCCCCAACGCUGAUCAGUUCUACGGCUUCGGGUGA